ACCUCGUUUGCGUUUCGCACUUUAGAACCUCCACACAGCCUAAGAAACCAUGUCAAAUUUAGUUUAUGAUGAGCCUCAUUGUUUAUUAAAGACUUGGAUUGCACUGAAGAGACUAGACCAAAAUGAUGAACGAGUCAUUGCCCUGAGGGAGGUGUCCAUUCCUAAGGGGACAGAUGUCACUUCUGUUAAACAGAUUGUAGCCAGUAAUUUUGGAUUCAGUUUAGCAAAUAGGGCAUUGAAGUUGAGGAACCACAGAGGCUGUCUGAUUCCACUCAACAGCUCUAUCCCUGCGAACAGCAAGCACAUGCCCUAUGUGCUGGAGGUGGCAAAGAUAUUCCAGCAUGUUUCUCCAAAACCAAGAACAACUGCCACGACAGAGAUCAAUAAAAGCAUGAAGACAAGACUACAGAGUAUUGUCAGGAAGAUUGAAAGACUUGACGAGCUUCUUCCUCAAAUCCAAUUAAGACGUCAUGACAAAUUCAACCAGGAGAUUGAGUUGUUGACCCAGAAGCUGAGAUUCCUUCAUAAGAGAAUGCAGGUGGCAGAGGCUCAUGGCUGGAGGGGCAUGCUUGUCAGAACCCCUAUGUGGUAAACUGAAGAACACAUUGACCCCACAUCUCAGGUUCUCACCACACAUCCAUGCCUUUGUAUGAAUAAUGAUGUAGUAGCAAAGUAGCCACAGGUUGGAUUUAUGAGUCAGUUAUGACCAUCAGCUGUAACUUUGUCAUUUUUUGUAGAUAAAUGAUAUACUUAAUUUCAUAGAACAUGGUUAUGAAAUGUUACUAUAAGCAUUAUUUUAGUUUGUAAUAUUGUCACAAUAGUUUAAAUAAAAACAGAUGACAGGUUUGCUUUAUUCCUCUCAAUAA